AUGAAGCAAUCCUUUGUUCUCUCUAUUGUAUUAUUACUCAUAUCUUUAUCUCAUGCUGAGUAUGUCUCACCGUCACAGUCUCCGCUGUUAUCUCCAACAAAUGCACCGUCAAAGUCCGACUGCUCCACUGUAGUUUACGGCAUGUUUGAUUGUCUCUCGUUUUUGUCUGCUGGAUCAACGGAUCUUAAUCCGACCAAAUCAUGUUGUGUUGGGGUCGAAGGUGUUCUUGAAUAUGAUCCCAACUGUCUUUGCGUUGCAUUGGAGAGUAGUCGAUCAAUGGGAUUUGAUCUAAUUGAUAGCAGAGCUCUUGGCUUGCCUUCUAGUUGCAACAUACACAUUACUCCUCAUUGUGAUGUUGCAUCAAGUCCAGCUCCAUCAGCACCAGCUUCUUCUUCUAUGGCUUCUCCGCCGGCGGCAGAGCCACCUAAGCCUUCUAGUUCAUCUCCAAAACCAUCUCUUGAUCUUACACCUAAACCAACGGGAGUUGUUGCUCCGGCACCGAAAACUACCCACUCAUCACCGGCGAUGUAUGCUCCAGCACCGGCACCAUCUAAAUCUGGAACUGGGAACUUGUCUCUAUCUAAACUAUUCAUUUUUGCCGUGAUAGUUUCUUCUUUUGCUUACGUUUUAGCUUAG